GACUGCUAAUUGCACGAAACGUUUCAGCAGAAAUUGAUUUCACGAAACGGUGACGUGUGUAUAGGCAGCAUCAAGUGUGAUGCAUUCAUCGGCGAGCUGCUCUUCUUAUCCUUUGAAUUAGUCAGUUUUGGGAAAUAUGGCGACUCUGGCCGCAGGGACGCCAUGGAUGAGGGUCAGGGCUUUGCCAGAGCUUGCCCCUCCGUAUCUUAGGCAAUCUUGCCUUUGUUACUACAAGAACGCUGCAAGACGCGCCAUCUCUGCUCGCAUUCCGUGGAGGAAUUUCUCAGUCUCUGCAUCUUUAUCUUCCAGCAAUAACAAGGUUGAAGAUGACACUCCCGUUAGAGUUCGUUUUGCUCCUUCUCCCACUGGAAAUCUCCACGUUGGUGGCGCCAGGACAGCGCUCUUCAAUUAUCUGUUUGCUAGGUCCAAAGGAGGGAAAUUUGUACUGAGAAUUGAAGAUACUGACUUGGAGAGGUCUACUCGAGAAUCUGAGGAGGCCAUGCUUCAGGAUCUCUCUUGGCUCCGUCUUGAUUGGGACGAGGGCCCUGGCGUAGGCGGAGAUUUUGGUCCGUAUCGGCAAUCUGAAAGAAAUUCCCUCUACAAGCAGUAUGCCGAGAAACUUUUAGACUCUGGUCAUGUUUACCGCUGUUUUUGCUCCAAUGAGGAACUUGAAAAAAUGAAAGAGGUUGCAAAACAAAAGCAACUGCCUCCAGUGUACACUGGGAAGUGGGCCUCUGCUACAGAUGCUGAAGUAGAUGAAGAACUAGGGAAAGGAACCCCUUAUACAUUUCGUUUUCGAGUGCCAAAGGAAGGAAGUUUGAAAAUUAAUGAUCUCAUCCGAGGCGAAGUUAACUGGAACUUGGGUACGCUUGGAGAUUUUGUUAUCAUGAGGAGCAAUGGGCUACCUGUCUAUAACUUUUGUGUUACAGUUGAUGAUGCUACUAUGGCUAUUUCACAUGUUAUAAGAGCUGAAGAGCACUUACCUAAUACUCUAAGGCAAGCACUCAUAUAUAAGGCUCUUGGGUUUCCGAUGCCGCACUUUGCACAUGUUUCUUUAAUUCUUGCACCUGACAGGAGUAAACUCUCGAAGCGGCAUGGUGCAACCUCUGUGGGUCAGUUCAGGGAGAUGGGAUAUCUUCCUCAGGCAAUGGUUAACUAUUUGGCACUUUUAGGUUGGGGUGAUGGCACAGAAAAUGAAUUUUUCACACUUGAGCAACUUGUUGAAAAAUUCUCGAUUGGCCGUGUUAAUAAAAGUGGUGCAGUUUUUGAUUCUAUAAAGUUGAGGUGGAUGAAUGGUCAGCAUUUAAGAGCACUUCCAUUUGAGAAGUUGACCAAACUCAUUGGUGAACGAUGGAAGAGUACUGGUAUCCUGACAGAAUCAGAAGGUCCAUUUGUAGAUGAGGCGGUGCAGCUCCUUAAGGAUGGGAUUGACUUGGUAAUGGACUCGGACAAAGCUAUUUCAAACUUGCUAUCAUAUCCUUUGUUAACUACCCUGGCUAGUUCUGAAGGUAAAACUAUUGUGGAAGACAAGCUGUCUGAAGUUUCGGCAAGCCUUUUAGCUGCCUAUGACAGUGGUGGACUCAUUGCUGCACUGGAGGAAGGGCAGUCUGGCUGGCAGAAGUGGGUGAAAAGCUUUGGAAAAGCAUUGAAGCGCAAGGGAAAAUCACUUUUUAUGCCUCUUCGGGUUCUGCUAACUGGAAAACUUCAUGGCCCUGAUAUGGCUGCUAGUUUGGUGCUGCUCCAUAGAGCUGGAAGUUGUGGUGUGAUUGCCCCCCAAGCUGGGUUUGUCCCAUUGGAUGAAAGGUUUAAUAUGCUCAGGGAAGUGGACUGGAAUGCAUUUAGUGAGGAUCAGCCAGUUUUGACAUCCGCGACCGGCGUAUUAAAUUAAAAAUUGACGGAUUUGAUUAGUUAUUUAGAAAUACAGACUACGUGUCUUCAUUUGUUUGUUGUUAUUAUUAUUACUUUUAUUUCGAAACAUGGUUUUGUUUUGCAGCCAUCUCAUUUAGUAUUUAUGAGCUGACAAGAUCUCAUUUUGCGUUGAAUGGUUACUGUGCAAGAAUGUUGUGAGCAUUUCUUUAUUCAUGGUUGGAGAGAAUCUGCAAUGAGAUUAUUUGAUGCA